UCUCACAAUUCCACCUGAAUCAUCCCGUCGAUCAUCAUCCACAUGAACGAAGAACAAUGGCGCAUCUUCACGACAUCUCAACGUGGUGUAUUCGUGGUUAUGGACAACAUUUCGAUCCAUAUGUGGAGUAUGUUGGUGAGCCUACAAUGUUCAGCAUUCACAUCUUCCAUGGUGGGGAGUUUGUUGUUAAACCUGUAUUGAAGUAUGUUAAAGGUAAAAGCAACCAUAUUGAUUACAUAGAUGCUGAUGAAUUCUCAGUUAUUGAGUUUAACACGAUGUUUAAGAUGCUGCAUUAUCCGGAGGAUGAAGUUGUGUAUUACCAUUAUAGGAUUCCGGAUAAAAGUUUGGUUGAAGGGAUUAGGGCUUUAGGGACUGAUCGGGAUGUGAUAGAUAUGUGUCAAUAUGUUGGUAGGAUUAGAGAGAUUGAGGUUUAUGUUGAACAUUGGGUCACAAAACUUGAUACAUAUUUCCUGUCACCACCUAAAUCAACAUCAAAUGUGGUAAUUGAAGAAAUUGCUGAAGAUGCACCAUCAGUUGGGAAUGUUCCUGUUAGAGCUAGAGCUAAACCUAGACAUUGUGUUAGAAGACUUGCAAUUGGGUGGUUGGAUGAUAGUGGCCAAUCAGGUGUGAAUGAUGUAAAUGAAUCAGGUGUGAAUGAUGUAAAUGAAUUAGGUGUGAAUGACUUAGAAGGUGGUAUUAACUUAGGAGAUGACAGUGUAAAUGACAUAGAAGAUGGAAAUGACUUAGGUGUGAAUGACUUAGAAGGGGGUAUUAACUUAGGAGAUGAUGCUGUAAAUGACAUAGAAGUGCAGGAUACUGUAAAUGCAAGUGCAGAAGAUAGUGAACAAAAUGAGCAGGAUAAUCAAAAUGGUAAAGAUAUUGAACAAGUAGAUGUGCAGGAUACUGUAAAUGCAAGUGCAGAAGAUACUGAUUCAUCAUCUUUGAAGUUUACUGAUGAUGAAGAGGAUUCUGAUGAUCCGGAUUACAGGAUGGAACAUGAGCCACCAAAUACGGAUGAGGAUGAUGACCAAAGAGAGCAUGAAGGUGAAAAGGUUGGUAAAAACAAUAAUGAUGAUGGUGAUGAGUUAGAUUACAAUGUUGAUAAACAUAAUAUGAUUCAAGAACUUGAAGUGGAUAUGGAUACAUUUAGAGCAGCUGUUGAAAUAGAAGGUAAUGACCAAGAAAAUCAAGAUGAUGAAGACAAUCAGAAUGAUGAAGAAGAAAAUGCAGAGGAAACCACUGAGAUUGACCUUGAAGACUUUGCAAGUGCUGAUGAAAAUGACCCUCCCUUAAAGAAGGGCCUGAAGAAGAUGAGAAAGAGGAGAAAGGGGGUCAGGGGUGGAAGAGGGCCAUUCUAUGUUGGGCAGUUAUUUACUAACAAAGAAGACUUGAAGCAGAUGGUUAAAAAACAUGCUUUGGACUCAAGAAGGCAGUUGGUAAUAAGAAGGAAUGAUAAUAGAAGAUUUAGGGUGGUUUGUCAUGGUGUGAAUCCUGAUUUACAAGGCAUGCAACCACCAGAAGGGCAGUUUGGGGAUUUUGCAAAUAUGAGUGGGCCCAGUGAAAAAGAUGGGGAAUCUUCAACAGGGGAUGGGGAUGUUGAUGUUGAUGUAUUAAAUACAUCUAACCCUACUUCCCAACCACCAAAAAAAAGGUUAAAGCACCAAAAAAAGGUUAGGUUUCCAAAGCCCACAUGUGAAUGGGUUCUUCAUGUUUCCAGAUCUCGAGAUGAACAUCCAUGGUGUGUAAAAACUUUCCUUGAUAAUCAUACUUGUUUGACCACAAGAAAGGUUAGGUUAUACAUUGUAUCUGCUGUAGCAAGAGAAGUGGAGAGCAUAUUAGCUUCCAACCCAGGAAUUCCACUGUUGGCACUUCAAGAUCAUUUGGAGAAGAAGAAUCAGAUUCAGUUAAGUUUGCAGAAGACAUUCAGGGCAAAGGUAAUGGCUUUACACAGAAUAGAAGGUGAUUUCAAAGCUCAAUACUCUAUUUUAAGGGAAUAUUGUGAAGAGCUCCUUAGAUCCAAUCCUGGCACAACAGUUAAGAUAGAUGUGGAAAGGGAGUGCAACCCUGCUAGUCCAACAAGACAGUUCAGGCGAAUUUACAUAUGUUUGGGUGCUCUCAAAGAAGGGUUCAAGGUAAAUGGGAGGAAUAUUUUAGGAUUAGAUGGGUGUUUCAUGAAGGGCCCAUUCCCUGGGCAAGUACUGUCAGCUGUUGGAAUUGAUUCAAACAACGGGAUAUACCCUGUUGCAUACUCAAUAGUUGAGGCUGAAACUAAAAGCAGUUGGGAGUGGUUCUUAGGGAAUCUUGGAGAUGACUUAGGUCUUGAUCAACAGUCAUACUUCACAUUCAUAUCUGAUAGACAAAAGGGAUUAAUACCAGCACUGGCAAAGAUAUUCCCAUUGGCAGAGCAUAGGUUCUGUUUACGACACAUCCACGAGAAUAUGAAACCAAGAUGGAGUGGCAAUUUAUUCAAAGAAAUGUUAUGGGAUGCUGCAUGUGCUACCACAAAGCCACAGUUUAACAGAAAGAUGAAUGCCAUAAGACUGCUUGACAAUGACUUGUUUGACUGGUUAAGCCAGAUUCCACCAACAUCCUGGGCAAGAUCACAUUUCACAGGUAGGGCCAAGACUGAUGUCUUAUUGAAUAACAUGUGUGAGUCAUUCAACAACCAGCUUGUAAAGGGGAGGGACAAACCAAUAAUCACCUGUCUUGAGUUUAUCAGAGAAUAUCUGAUGAAAAAAAUUGUUGUGGUUCACAAAGUAAUAGCUAAAAGUAAUGGACCUUUGACUCCAUAUGCUACAAGAGUGUUUGAUGAAAUCAAGGCUGAUGCAAGUCAGUAUUCAGUGAUGAUGGCUGGUAGGGGUAGAUUCCAGGUUACUGGUGGAUAUGCUGAUCAGUGCAAGGUAGAUGUUAAUGAGAGAACCUGCACAUGCAGAAAGUGGCAGUUAACAGGUAUGCCAUGUAAACAUGGUGUAGCUGCCAUAUGGGAUAUGGCAAGGAAUGGUAUGAAUGUAGGUGUUUUAGAGUCAUGGGUUGAUAAGGUUUAUUGGCUUCAAACAUGGAAGGAUGUUUACAUGCACACAAUUGAACCUAUCAGUGGGAGAGAGUACUGGACACCUUCACAAUGCCCAACAACCCUUAUCCCUCCAAUUCAUCAUACUCCAGUUGGAAGGCCCAAGAAGAAAAGGAAGAAGUCAGAGGUGGAGAUUUCUGAGCUUAUGAUAGACAAGAAGGGGAAAAUGACAAGGCAAGGAGUGCCUAAAACUUGCAAGAAAUGUGGGAAUGUUGGGCAUAAUAAAAGGAGCUGCAAGGGUCAGGGUGCAACUCAAGCUCAGAGUCAAACAACAUCUCAACCUCAGGGUCAAACUGCAGGUCAAGGUCAGUCUCAAACAACCAAUGUUGGAAGAGGUGGGAGGGGUGGAACAGGGGCAAAGGCUGGAAGAGGUGGCAGGGGUGGAAGAGGAGCCAAGGCUGGUAGAGGUGGCAGGGGUGGAAGAGGAGCCAAGCCUAGUCAAACUGCUUCACAAACUGCUGAUCUUUAGACUGUUACCUUGUUAGCUUUUGUAGUGUUUGAAGUGUCUUUUGGUUUAGUAUGUAAUGUUAUGCUACUUUAUGUAAUGUUUGGUAACUUUAUGUAACUUAACUAAGUGCUGAUCUUUUGGUAACUUAACUAAGAUAUUGUA